AUGCCCGAAAUGCUGAUGGAGACAGUGAUUACUCUAUUCAACCAAAUCAUGGAGGCUGCUCUUGAAUUUGUCUUUCCAGAAGCGGAUGUUCAUGGAAGUUUUUAUUGCUAUGAAGAGAAAUCUUCAAAUCAUUUAAAAGUAGAAGAUGAAGAAAUCGUUAACAAUGAAAUUAAAUUAUUAAUGAAAAAUUUGCUAUCGCUGCCAUUACUGCCAAGUGGUGAAAUCCACCAAUUAAUCAACGGAAUGACAGAUCAACAAGAGGCACAACCGUUUUUACGAGAAUCCUUAACGCUUAUAGAGAACAUCACCGUCGAAAAGCUGUCAGUUUACAGAAAUACAGACCAUUUAACGGAUGCUUUCCUACUCUACGAAGCGAGACUAAAUGUACUGCUGGGAAAAACACCAGAAAUUUGGAACUUUAUUAAAAAAAUCAUUGACCUUCAAUCAAGAACAUUCAAAGACAAAGCUAACAUAGAUUCAAAUAAUUCUAGAAAUUGCUAUUCAACAAAAAUCAUAGAAAAAUCGAAAAAAAAUAUUAAGAGGUUUUGGGAGAAUUUGGAUAACGGCACGUAUACGCCCCAAGAGGUACUGAAAUGUGCUUUCGCAAUUUGCGUAGAAGACGCAAUUAAUAUUUUCGAAUUGAAGAAGGUUACGAAUGUGGAAAAUGAAGAAAAUAAUGAGAAUAAUAGGAAUUAUGAAAAUAACGAAGAGGGCCAAAUAAUGGAACAAGCAGAACCACCUGUUCUGCCAGUGUUACCAGCACCACCUCAAAACAUUCAAAAUCAAGACAUGGAAAUUAAUUUAAAUGAGGAAUUGAUCCCAGAAAGAAAUGUUCCCCUCAUGCUUCCACCCACUGAAAGAGCCGAGAUUGCAGUCCAAACAGAUAGAGAAGAGCCGACAAUGUGCUGUAUUUGUCAGGAAAUGUCAGCAACGAGGACCUUCGUUCCCUGCGGACAUUUUAUUAUUUGCAACACAUGCGCCGAAGAGUUCCAGGAAAGAGGAGAAACACUCUGUCCUCAUUGCAGGGAUCCGUACUUAAUGAUUACUAGAAUUUUUAAUAAUUAAAAUUUUUUAAUUUUUUUAUAAUUAAAUCAGUUUAUUUGUCUUGUGUGCCAAGUUAUGUUAUGUUAUGUUAUGUUACCUGUUAAACGUUCAGAACUUUAGCAACAUAAA